UUUGUUGAAGGUUUAUUUGUAUACAGUAAAGUGCUAGCGUUUGUCAACAUGGCACAGGGCAGCAGAGGCAUAGCUCGAGUCUUGGAUAAAUUAAAAUCUUCGGUAGAAGAAGGAAGAUAUUAUGAAGCUCAUCAGAUGUACAGAACGUUGUACUUCAGAUACUGCAGUCAACAGAAGUACAGUGAGGUUCUAGAUCUCUUAUAUGAUGGUGCAUCACUUCUUUUAAUUCAUGAUCAACAAACAAGUGGUGCAGACCUAGCUCUUUUAAUGCUGGAUGUGCUUGAGAAGUCCAAAACAGAACCAACAGAAGAACAGAUAACUCAAAUAGCCAAUUUAUUUAGUCUCUUAAAUCAUGGAACACCUGAACGUCAUCAGUAUCUAGUUCGAGCAGUGAAGUGGUCAUGUGGAGAGACGCACAAACUUGGCCACCCAAGAUUGCAUCAACUUCUUGCACAGACAUUAUGGAAAGAGAAAAACUAUGGGUCAGCACGAUACCACUACCUGCGGUCAGAGGAUGGAGGUGGCUGUGCGGACAUGCUGGUGGAACUUCAUUUAUUAAGAGGCUACCCUUCAGAAGUGGAUCUCUUUCUUACACAGGCCGUCCUUCAGUAUUUGUGUCUGCAGAAAAAGGUGGCAGCAUCAGAGGUGUUUGAGACUUACACCAAAAAACACCCAAACAUCACUAAGCAGCGUGGGCCACCUUUUCUCCUGCCCCUUCUGAACUUUUUGUGGCUUCUGCUUUCAACUAUUGAAAGUGGGAAGGUGGCCUACUUUACAGUCUUGUGUGAACAGUAUCAACCUAGUUUAAAGAGAGAUCCUACCUACCGUGAGUACUUGGAUCGCAUUGGACAACUCUUCUUCAAUUUACCAGCACCCAGACCCCAGCAUGGUCCAGGGGGAAUUUUUGGAAAUCUGCUGCAGGGGCUACUUGGCGGAGGUCUCGGAGAUGAUGAUUCUGAAGAUGAAGGAACGAUGGGUGGAUCAUCCUCAUCACAUCCCAUGGCAGCUGAGGAGCUGGACUAAUGUUGUUAUAUUGUAGGACUGUUAGGUGCUUAACUUUAUUCUGUUGUGCAGAGGAAAUUACACAAACUUUUAACUGUGUGUGUGAGUGAGAAUUUGUGAUUUUAUAUAUAUAUAUAUAUAUAUAUAUAUAUAUAUAUAU